CCGUAGAUGACGACAUAGCCUUUCUUUUUUAGCAUCCGACGAUUGUAAGAAAAUAAAGAAGAGAUGAUGGCAGGGAUCCGAAGCUAAGAAAUAAAAUGAGGAGUUGAGGCUACCAAGAGAGAGGGGAGAUCAUCUCCCCUUCCUUCAUCGACAGACGUCACAUAGUAUUUUCAUGCUCGUAGACUUGAUAUGGUUUUGGUGUUUGUCUUCCCUGUGGACAAGAAGAGGAUUCCCCCGUCCUUCCCAUCACGAAAAUUUUGAUCAAAUCCGUAGUUUCUCACUUGUCUUUUCUCGACCUCUUGCCAGAGAAAAAGAGGAACCAGACAAAAAGAGGAGAGUAUUGAAGGCAUGGAUCCCAGAUACCCUUACUAUCCCCAGCCUUAUCCCGCUCAAGGUUAUUACCAAGGGCCUCCUGUUAUGGCGCCUCCCCAGUACGCAGCUCCGCCACCGAGGAGUGAUCGAGGGUGUCUCGAAGGAUGCCUCGCAAUGCUCUGUUGCUGCUGCUUGAUCGACGAGUGCUGCUGUGAUCCAGAAAUCAUAUUCGUGAGCUGAUGACAACUUGCUGUGAUAUAUGGAGAUUGAAAUGGUUUUAGCACCUGUCUCUUGUCUUCCUUUUCUGCUUCUUCUUCUUCUUCUCCUUCUUCUUCUACAGUUCUUAAAGUAUGUACGUGUUAUGAGGUCUCCAGAUCUAUGAAAAAAGUUUCUUAGUCUGUGUCA